AUGAGCAGGCUCUCAGGACUGAUGGACACCCCAUCCUCUGAGGAACCCUUAGCUACACAAAACAAAGAACUGGAAAACCAAGAAGAAGACAUGGAGUUUAAGGAACUGGAUGGUCUGAGGGAAGCCUUGGCAAAACUGCGGGGACUGUCCGAGGAGGAGAAGGGCGAGAAGGCGAUGCUUUGCUCCCGCAUCCGCGAGCAGUCCCAGCUCAUCUGCAUCCUGAAGCGGAGGUCAGAUGAGGCCCUGGAGCGCUGCCAGAUCUUGGAGCUCCUCAACACAGAGCUGGAGGAGGAGAAGAUCCUGGAGGCCGAGAAGCUGAAGGCCAAGAGUGAGCACGCCCAGAAGCUGGAGGAUCGCUUUAUGACCCUGGCAGCCAACCACGAGGCAAUGAUCCGCUUCAAGGACGAACACAAGAGUGAGAAUGUCAAGCUGAGAGAGGAGAAUGAGAAGCUGAGGCUUGAGAACAACAGUCUCUUCAGCCAGUCUCUGAAGGAUCAGGAGGCCAAAGUCCUGCAGCUCACCACCAGGAGUGAGGCCCUGGCCAAGGAGCUGGAGACUCUGAAACAGAGGUGUGCCCAGAAGGCCCGCCAGGCACAGGCCCGAGAGAAGGAGCUGCUGGAGCUGCAGACCCAGCAGGCAAGCACCCACACCAAGGAGACAGAGCAGCUGCGCAGCCAGCUGCAGAGCCUCAAGCAGCAGCACCAGCAGGCCGUGGAGCAGAUGGCAAAGGCCGAGCAGGUUCACAGCAGCCAGACCCAGGAGCUGCAGGCCAAGCUGCAGAUCGUCACUCGGGAGAAAGAGGAGCUGCUACAGCUGUCCAUGGAGAGGGGCAAGGUGCUUCAGAACAAGCAAGCAGAGAUCCGCCAGCUGGAGGAGAAGUUGGAGACAGCAGAUGCGGCCAGGAGACAAGCUCUAGAGCGGUUUGAGCAAGAAGCAGUAGCUGUGGACAGUAAUUUGAGAGUCCGGGAACUUCAGCGCAAGAUAAAUGGGAUCCAGAAGGCCUAUGAUGAACUCGUGCUUCAGUCUGAAGCCUUCAAAAAGCACAGCUUGGAUCUUUUAAGCAAGGAGAAAGAACUCAAUGCCAAACUCCGCCAUCUCUUUCCAUAA